UGUUCUAGUAAACCAAGCACAAUUUCCGUCAGUAUGCUAAAUUUUAUUUUACAAUGUUUCGUCAUAACAGCGACGAUCACUUACACUGCCAGUGAGUUCAAUCCAUUGAUUUGUAUGGAUCUGCCUGAUGGCAGCAAAGUGCCAAGUCCGCUAUUUUGCAAUCAAUUCUUCGUGUGUCAAAAUGGAAUGCUAAGCGAUGAAGGCACCUGCCCUCCAAACAUGCUAUUCAAUCCUGACAAUGAGGAAUGCGAUUUCCCACAGCAUGUGGACUGUAGAGGUGUACCAUUACCUUCUGAAGAGGAUACCGAUGAGCCAACUAAUCCGACAGAAGCAACUGAUCCUACAGAUCCACCAGAACCAACAGAUUCAGCUGAACCAACAGAUCCUCCAAUCUUGACGGAACAAUGUCCGGAGGUGGAUUCGGAAUUUCCCGUUUUUCUGCCAGUGCCAGAUAAUUGCAACGCUUACAUUUUGUGCUUUCAUGGUAAUGAAAUACGAAUGGAAUGUUCCGCAGGCCUUUACUGGAACAAAAAUACCAACAAAUGUGAUGAUCCAUCAAAUGUGGACUGCGUUAAAACCGAUGAAUAUGGCUGCCCAAGAGAAGGUGUUCAUUUCCUGCCACAUCCAGAUAGCUGUAAGAAAUAUAUUUACUGUAGAGAUGGAUUUUCCCGAGUACAGAGCUGUGCUUUCUUGCAUAAAUUUGAUCCUGUGGAAAAAACAUGUGUAAUUGGAAAUACUUGCUAGAAUGUAGUUUUUUAUGAUUCCGCGCAAACGUUUUUUUUUUCUCUCAGAGGUAAUGCCAAAAAAACCAUUUCGAAGAUCCCUUAAGCACCGUGGAUAGAAUGAUUCCAUAUAUCUCUAAAUACAUGAGUCAUUGUUAUGAAUAAUCUAUUAUAUUUUAUUAUAAAAAAUGGAUUUGUGGUCACAACAAAAGUGUAGCUCAUUUUGUGCGAAGAUGUAAUAUAUUCGCGACUGAACAUCUAUUAAACAAGAUGGGUAGGUAAAGUAAGAGACAUAACCGAAG